CUUCAAAAUUGCCAUUUCGGUGGUAACAUGGGUCGUGAUUUUUAAGAGUUGUGAAUCUGUACAUUGAAGAGAACGGUAGAUUUUUUACCAGGCUUAGAAUGACAGGAAGGCAUUUCAGGACUCUGGCUUAUACCAAAAGCCCAAAGCUGUCGAAAAGAACAAAUUUCCAGGAUGAACUUGAAGCUGCUGUCUCUGCCAGGGCAAAGAAAGCACUGGCCGAUCAACGCUCCCUCUCAGAUGACUUCAGUGAGGAAGAAAAUGAUUUUUUGAAAGAACUUCUCAAAUCAAGAAAAAAGAGGACUGACACAUUUAAGAGUUUGGGGAGUAAAGCAAGAAAUAAUGACUUUCAGCUUUCUGAUGAUGAGGGGGAAAAUGUUCGACCAAAGAGAGUUUCUUUCCUGAAAACCCAAAGAAUCAGUUCCCUUUCACUAGAUAAGACUGCCUCAAAUUCAUAUGAAAAUGGACCACCCAGCACUUCCCUUGAGAGUAGCCAUAAUCAGAGUGACUCAUUUCCUUCACAACACUCCUCAAAUCUCAGUGAAGAGCAAACCAAAUUUCAGGUUUCUGAAACAAGGAAUGUGGAUCCCACAAGAAAAAGUCCAAGUGAUUCUCUGUCAAACCGCACAUUGGAAGAUAGUCAACCUGGCACACCAUGUCCCUCAACACCUGGCAAUGGUAUGAUGGAAGCCCUGGGUCCCUUGUCCUCUGAAAUGAGUGAAGAGAGCCAUCACUCGGUUCAUGGAGAAGAACAGAAAUCCCAUACUCCACAACCAUUGGGAUCUGGCCUGAGUCACAUGUCCUCAACAGAUAGUGUUAUUGAGAGGGAGCCACCCAGACCCAAACCAAGAAAAAGGACGCUUGGAUUGAAUUUUCACACUAUGGAGGAGUGGGCUGAAGAUGCUGACUCUCCAAUGACAAGGGCACCCACAUCCUCUGUGUCUAUUCCCCUUUCAACUGAUACAGCCAGCAACAUAACCACAAUCUCCUCUCCAGACAGGAUCUCUGCCAGAGACUAUAAUUCACAUGGACUGGAAGGAGAUGACAAAUUGCCAUGUAAUCUCAGCAAAUCAUCUUCCUUUGCCACUAGUGAGCAGUCACACUUGUUAAACAAAUCCACAGUUGGUUCCGGAACAAGAGAUACAGAUAACCUUACCUCAGAUGACACUAAAGACUAUGAUGGAAAGUAUUCAUCAUCAUUUGAGGAACAUCAUGAGUCAGAGGAUCACUCUGACCAUUCCAUCAGUAGAAUUGCUCAUAGUCAUGAAAAAUCAGUUGAUACCAGGCCAUCAAGCUCCAUCGGUAAAAGCUCCCAGACAUCCCAGAAUGUGUGCUUCUCCCGAGUACAGUCAAAAUAUAUGGGAACACUGAAGGUUCUGGACCGUAAAGUGCCCAUAGAAGAGUUCCAGCCAGAAACAGCAGAUUCACUCAGAGCUGCUGUUUACCAGGAAUGGCUGAAAAAGAAAAAGGAGAAGUUAAGGGAGAACAUACGACUUAAGAGGGAAGAAGGAAAUUUAAAAGAUGAAAAACGUAAAAAAGAUGAACAAGCUAAAAAGGAAGAAGCCGUUGCAGCCUUCAGGGCUUGGAAAGAAAAGAAAGGAGAAACUCUCCGAAUAAAAGCCAAAGAAAAGCAAGACAAUGUUAGAAACGAGCAAAUAGCCAUUGAAGAAAAAGAAGAAAAAAUGCAAGCUGCUGCAAAGGUGUUUGAAAAGUGGAAACAAGAACAUGAUGACUUGCUAAAGAAGAAGUACAGAAAAAAAAGAGAAAGUGAAAAUAAAUUUGAGCAGAAGAAACAAGAGAAGGAGGAAGAUAGGAUGCAAGAUAGCAAAUCCGCUUUUUCAAACUGGAAUGAAACAAAGAAAAAUCUUCUGAAUGAAAAGGUCAAGAUCGAGCGCAAGAAACAUCAAAAAGAAGCAGCGGAAGAGCAAAAUAAGAAAGAAGAAAGGGAUAAAAUGGCUUUAGAGAUGUAUGAGAAUUGGCUGGCAAGGAAAGAGCGAGAACGGAUAAGACAGAGAGAAGAAAGGAGGAUACAGGCUAUCCUUGAGGACAGUCCACCUCCCCCUUGGAGCCCUCCAAAUAAAACAAUACCAUUCAGAAAAUAACUCUCACAUCUAACACACCAAACAAAUAUAUUAUAUUUUUGUAUUUAUGUUUCAUUGCAUACUUUUUUUAAACUUUAUAAUGAUGUUUGCAUUCUCAGUUUUAAUGUAAAUGUAUUAUGUGAGGUGUAGGACUAUAUUUCUUUUUUUUGUCAGCGAUGGAAAAUUAUUACCAAGAUUUGUGUCAGACAUUAUAUUUUAUAGGUUAUAUAUUUUGUCAAAUCCCAGUCUAAGGAAAUUAAUAUGCCACGUGGGCAGGAUUCAGUGAAAUACUAAAUUUCGCACUAAAAACAGAUAGUUGAUGGUAAUUAGUUUUUAACACUUUCUAAAAGUUGCAGAGUCUCGGUGUCAAGAACUUAGCUGUCUCUUCUAUCCUAGCCCUCAAUGUUGAAGGUAGCAGUUGGACCAGAGAACGUAAAAUAAAGUUAU